AUGAAUGACACAAUCGCAUUUGUUGCAGGAGCAACGGGCCACCAAGGUGGUGCUACUGCCCGUGAACUGUUGCAUGCCGGAAUCAAGGUUCAUGCGCUGGUCCGGGAUCCGUUGUCCAGAUCCGCCCUUGACCUCCAGCGCUUGGGAGUGCAGUUGUUCCCGGGCGAUUUCGACGAUCUAUCAUCUCUAAAGGCCGCAGUGGAAGGGGUUACGGCUGUCUUUCUGAAUGUAUCACCCACAAUGGUUGACACCAGACGAGAGGUGAUCCACGCAAAGAAUAUCAUUGACACUGCUCUUGCAUCCGGCACCGUCACCACGAUCGUUUAUUCCAGCGUUACCAUGACGGGAAAGCAUGAAAGCUUUCCAACCUGGGGCCCAAGUUAUCCCCAGGCGUGGUAUUGGCACAACAAAGCGCAGAUUGAGUCAAUGGUGCGAGAAUCCGGCAUCGAAUACUGGACCAUCCUUCGGCCUGCAUUUCUUAUGCACAACUACCACCAGCCGGCGGCUUCCUUUAUGUUUCCUGCAUUGGCUCAGAAUCGAACUUUUCUGACGGCAUACAAGCCCAGCACGGCUAUGACGAUGCUAGAUCCGGGUGAUGUCGGGAAAUUCGCGGCGGCUGCGAUUGCUGAACCUGGGGCAUUUAACAGACAUGAAGUCGACUUGGGUGUCGAAUCUCUAACCCCGGCUGAGAUCGUCAAGGAGCUGAGUCGAGUUAGUGGGAAACACAUCGCUCUCCAAUUCUAUGAUGACAAGGAAGCCAAAGAUCUAGCCGUGAGAAACCCGGUGCUCCAUGCCCAAUUAUGGACGAAUGAAGUUGGGUAUCACGUCGACUUCAAGGGACUGCAGAAAUACCCGAUUCGUCUGACCACAUUCUCGGAGUAUCUUGAGAAGCAUCGGGAUGAGGUUCUACAGACAUUCCAGUAA